GGAACUCGUUACAUAUUAGCUAAACCCUUCGGCACUGCGAACUGACGGCUUCUGUUUUCUCAGAGAUAGAUCUUCGCACUUCCUCGGUCUCUGUCUCCCACCUCCCCAGUUGUGUUUGAGCCAAACUCACGAGGUUUAUUUUCAAAUGGCAGAGUCAAAACAAGCACUGAGGAAACCGACCUUCACAAAGGUUGGGCAGCUCCGUCCAAGCACGUCUGGUCACACUCUUACCGUGAAGGUUGUCAGUACUAAGAUGGUAUUGCAGAAGGGACGUGCUGAUGGCCCUCAAGUACGCCAAAUGCGAAUUGCUGAAUGCUUGGUUGGAGACGAAACGGGAAUGAUAAUCUUCACAGCUAGAAACGAUCAAGUGGACUUGAUGGUAGAGGGUUCAACUGUAACCCUGCGGAAUGCUAAAAUUGACAUGUUCAAAGGAUCAAUGAGGCUUGCUGUGGACAAAUGGGGCCGUGUGGAAGUUGCUGAGCCUGCCAGUUUUACGGUGAUGGAAGAUAACAACCUCUCACUCAUUGAAUAUGAACUUGUCAAUGUUGUUGAAGAGUAGGUUUUCUGAACAGAAUCAGGCUCUCUGGUACUUGACCCAAAAAAUAAAAAGAAAGCCAAUGAAGAAAAGUUCUAUUGUUAUAUGAGGCAUCAAAAUCUCAAAAAUGUUAUCGAAAGUGCACUUUUAGGAAGAAGAAAUCUUGACGCUAGUACCACCCAAGUCGCUUCCUUUACCUUUGCAGCCUUUGGUUGUACUGCCAAAAUAGAUGUGGAUGGCUGUAAGUUGUUAAAGAUAUGGGAGCUGACUUUUGGAUUUUGCUUUGUCUUGUUUACUAUCUAUUUCAAAUCUUUGGGAAGUACAGAUGAGAUUUAUAUUAUGAAGUGUCUCCAAACUGUUUGCAAUGUUACUUAAACUUCUCGUUUCUUA